AUGGCAAUCAAUAGUGCAGAAUGCACCAACCGCCAACUGACGGCCCUUUCGAAUAGGUUUUACUCGUGUUUCAUUGACCACAUUCUUUUCAGGACUUUGUAGAGUAAAUUGCUCUGGCUGCCUUACUUCGUACCUGUUCGUAGGUAGAAACAUCAGUAAACUGAUGUAAACAAAAACAUGGCUCAAAAUUGUGGCACGACCAGCAAAAUUUGCAUAAUACACUGUUGCUGGACGGACGUCAGGCGCACGUAUGAACCUGGCGCCGCGGUCAAUGUCAGUAGUCGGCAACUGUCUCCUGAACCGCUUGCAUGCUCCCUUGCAGCAGUAGAUUUUCUUAGUAACUCAGUUUCCCCGACUGUAUUUUGGGAACUCGCGUCUUCGACUACUGCCUCUCGAUAAGGUCGAUCCAGUUCGGAUCAAGCUCCUUUUUUCUCACAAUAAACAGCCAAGCGCGCACUGAUGAUGAUGAUGAUGAUGAUGAUGAUGAUGAUGAUGAUGAUGAUGAUGAUGAUGAUGAUGAUGAUGAUGAUGAUGAUGAUGAUGAUGAUGAUGAUAUUCUCACUCUGUUUGAGACCAAAAGUCAUGUUAAACAGGUUCCUGCUCAACUAGGUACUUAG